GAUGACCUUAGGAACCUGUCCCUCUCCGGCCAUGUGGGCUUCGACAGCCUCCCCGAUCAGUUGGUCAACAAGUCAACAUCACAGGGCUUCUGCUUCAACAUCCUCUGUGUGGGCGAAACUGGCAUUGGCAAGUCAACGCUGAUGGACACUCUGUUCAAUACCAAGUUUGAAAGUGAACCUGCGACGCACAACGAGCCUGGUGUGAGAUUGAAAGCCAGGAGUUACGAGCUCCAGGAGAGUAACGUCCGUCUGAAGCUGACUAUUGUCGACACAGUUGGAUUUGGCGAUCAAAUUAACAAAGAUGACAGCUACAAGCCUAUAGUAGAAUAUAUCGAUGCACAGUUUGAAGCCUACUUGCAAGAAGAGCUGAAGAUCAAACGAUCCCUGUUCAAUUACCAUGACACCAGGAUUCACGCCUGCCUGUAUUUCAUUGCACCAACUGGACACUCAUUGAAGUCCCUAGACUUGGUCACCAUGAAGAAGCUCGACAGUAAGGUGAACAUCAUCCCCAUCAUCGCCAAGGCUGACACCAUUGCAAAAAAUGAGUUGCACAAGUUCAAGAGUAAAAUCAUGAGUGAGCUGGUCAGCAACGGCGUCCAGAUCUACCAGUUCCCAACGGAUGAAGAGACAGUGGCCGAGAUAAAUGCCACAAUGAGUGUCCACCUUCCUUUUGCUGUAGUUGGCAGCACUGAAGAAGUGAAGAUUGGCAAUAAGAUGGCAAAAGCCAGACAGUACCCGUGGGGUGUUGUGCAGGUUGAAAAUGAAAAUCACUGUGACUUUGUGAAGCUGCGGGAGAUGCUGAUCCGAGUGAACAUGGAGGACUUGAGAGAGCAGACGCACACCCGACACUAUGAGUUGUACAGGCGAUGCAAACUUGAAGAGAUGGGGUUCAAGGACACAGAUCCAGACAGCAAGCCUUUCAGUCUCCAGGAGACUUAUGAAGCAAAGAGGAAUGAAUUCCUGGGCGAACUCCAGAAGAAGGAGGAUGAAAUGAGGCAGAUGUUCGUCAUGCGAGUGAAGGAGAAGGAAGCAGAGUUGAAGGAAGCAGAGAAAGAUCUUCAUGAAAAGUUUGACCAUCUAAAGAGGACUCACCAAGAAGAGAAGAAAAAAGUGGAAGACAAAAAGAAGGAACUUGAGGAAGAGCUGAACAACUUUCAAAAAAAGAAGGCAGCAGCUCAGCUAUUACAGUCACAGGCUCAGCAGGCAGGUUCUCAACAAACCAAGAAAGACAAGGACAAGAAAAACUUCUUCUUUAUGUAACCAUCAUCUUGCCAAAGCCCCCACACCCUCUCUCCUAGUGGGCAGUAGGGCACUGGAAGAUCCUGCGGCUGUGGGCACCUCCACCAGGAGAAGAGCCAUCUCAUUCUUCCAUCACGUCCGCCCUUCUCUCCUUCCCUUUUUGUUUUUCACCUGUGCGUCUGAGGGUGCGCUGUGCUGUGUGUCUCUGUGUGGGAUCUGUCUGCUCCUGGCCUAUCUCCGACAGAAUUGAGGCUACCAGAAAUGACAGAGGUAACGGCUGGAGGAGAGAGCUUGGCUGUAAUGUGAGAUACUGCACAGGGUUAGGUGUUUGGGGUUUUUCCUCCCUCUCCAUUUUAUUUUCUUUUGCCUUAAUAUGCACGUGUUGCUGAUGACAAAUAGAAUGACAGACUGUGGAUGAGGGUGAAUGUGCCUAGGUGGAGGACUUCAUUUCUGCCUCUAAAGAUCAAGUCUGGCUGGUUUGGACACCCCGACUUCAUCACAAGUAUGUCCUGUGCUCCUCUAAUGUGUGCUGAAGAUAAGUCCUUAGACCUAAGUGACUGUUUUCGGUAUGCAGUCGCAUGAAGUGGAGAUGUCUGAUGUUGCGUACUGUUGCACUGAUGCAGCCUGUUCUGGACGGUCACCGCCUUAUUAUUUUUUGGCUGAUCUGCCUUUGUAUGAGCAAAGUAGAUAUUUCUCGUACAACUGAACUGCACUGACUUGUAUUUGGAUUGAGAACUUUAUUUUCAUGAAGCCUAAAUAGCGAUUAUUUUUUUUUAAAUCCUGGAUGUGGGAUAGUAGUUAAACUUUCUAACUUCUUUACUUUGGAAGUGAAUUCAGAUAAAAAGCUUGAGAAGUGCCAGAGAUAGUUUGAAGGUAAACACAAAGCUUGUAAACUUGGUGUGUAGUGACCUCUAGCUGGUUUGUGAUGGAUGCAAGGAGACAGCCUGAUCCUCUUGGAUGUUUUUUUCAUAUGGGGUGAUGCACUUGUUUUUUAACUAAAUACUAGUGAUUUUUUUUAUUUUUUUUUUUUAUCCAUGAACCUUAGCCAAGGAAUUCAUCUCCUUUAACCUCCCAUGGAAAAGGUACUAUUAGAACGUCUGGCUUUUGCCUCUUCCCACGUGUGCAUGAAGUGCAGGAUGCCAUGGGUCUCUGCUGAAAUCAGCUGGGUUUUUUUGCAAAGCACAAUAUUUCUCAGCACUUACUUCUUGGUGACAAGUUAGGUCACUAAAAGCUCCCUGCAGCCAGGUAGCUAUUUUUCUAAAGUGGCAGAAAACCUGUUUAUCCUUGAAAUCUUUGCAACCAAGUUACUUUAUAGAUAGAAUUGGAAAAAAUUUAUUAAAUAUUGGCUUUGUGCGAAUAUUGUAAUGAUUUACCUGGUAUGCAAAUGGAAUUUCUGACCAUUGCCCAGACUGAUGGGAUAUGAAUAUUUGCACAAAUGUAGCUUAGGACAGAAUCUGCAUUAAUACCAAAAAGGAAGUCUGCUUGUCUCUGUAGGCUUCAGUGGUCUCAGGGGAUACCUGCUGGAGGUCUGUUCACCACCCACCAGUGCUUACCACAAGGUAGUCGAAUCUAGAAAACUUGACAUUUAGCCUUCUGAGGACAAAACAGAGUAGCUAAUGCUUUAUGGGUUGAAGCCUUGAGGGUAUUGCUGAAUUAAGCCUUGCCCGUGUUAAUUCCUCUCCUUAUUCUUCAAAACUCUGGGUGCUUUGCUAACUGGGAACAGGUUGCACCACUUGCAGAAGGGAAUCCUUUUUGUUCUGACAGGGCUUAGGCAGCGGUGCUCUAUGUGCACCGGGCCACUCAUACCUAGCAAAAAACAAUGGGUUGAGACAUGUAUUUUUUGAAAUCAGUCAUUAAGUUUGCAGCCAAGAGCUGCUGUGAGAUUGGGGGCAUGCUGGUCCUUGAGCCAUCCCUGUUCAUCAUGCAGGGCAAGUGUCAUCUCCCGCCCAGGGUCUCUGCACAUGAAGGUGGUCACUGUUUACUGAGAAAAUGUCUUGCCCAUUAAAAUGCCCAGUUUAACUGUGCUGUGUCUAAUUUGUUUGGUGUUGGCGCCUAGGCUAGUCUGCAGCAUCAGGAACCACUGCCUCAGGCCCUGGAGCCUUGCUAUGGCUCAUCCCUCCAGUCCUCUCCAUGAUAGCCUCCAACUUGCUAGAAUACCCUGCUGGUUACUUGCCCAGAGGCCAGCCCACCCAUCGGAUGGCUCCUGCAGUGUUCUGCGUGGUGAGACCUUCCCCAGCGCCCCUGUUUACAGAAAGGGGGAAUUCUCUCCUUAUAUGACUCUCAUUCCUUCAACUUUUUUUUUUCUUUCCAUUUAAAAAUUGUAGCAUGGGUUUAUCUGGUGGUAGGAGUCUAGUGUGUAAAAUCCCACCACUGUGCUAUAGCCUCUCUCUUGCUAUAUGACAAGUCAGUCACUUGUUAUUAUUUUCCUGCAUGGGCAUAGAGCUAUUCUGCAGGGCUCUGCCUCAUGUCAGGUCACCCAUGUUGUGCUGAUGGCAGUGGUUUGGGACCCAGGCUUGAUCAUGGGUGGCUGGGCAUCGUUCACUGCAGUAAGAAGAAAAAAAUAAGGUGGUGGUGGGGUUGUUCUACCCCGUGCCUAAAAAGAAGAUAGAUAGCAAGUGCUGCUAGCCCCAUCUUACCCCUGUAGCUGUGCCCUGUGACUCUGAAAUCUUGUGUGUGACAGUAGGAAGUCUUGACCACAUCUGCAGAUUGACAGCACUGAAGGAGUAUCCUGAUGGACUCUCGUUCACCGGGUCAGCCCUAGGCUCUUCAAGCAGCUCUCAAGACCUUGACUUUUAGGGCAGUUCUGCCCUUGGCAAGUGCUGGGCUGUACCGGAGGAAGAGAUCCUUCAUCAGCUGGAGGGGCUCAGGGCUAGAUGACCCCCCAGUAGUGCUGCUGCCUCAAGGUUUGAAGAGGGGCAAAACCCUUUUGUUGGUUGACUUUUAAACUCCAAAUACAAAUAUUUUUUUGUAAAGCUUUAUAUGAAGAGAAGCAGAUAGGCACAAACUAAAUGCCAACACUUACUUGAACUGCCUUUAUUUUGCAGCUCUAGAGUGUGGCUGUGCUGGUGCCUUGAGUCCCACAUGCAGCUCUGGCCUUCAUGUCUCCAGAAGGACAUAGUGGAGAUAGAGAAGGGCACUAAUGGUAAACGGGAUGGAGCAGCAGCCUGCCAGGUGAGACUGCAAAGGCUUGGAGGCCUCAGUUUGGAGAGGGAAAGGCUGAGAUGAGAGGGAGGAUCAGCCCCGCUGUGAGCUGGAGGUUGCAGCAGAUGUCCUCUAGAGGUCCCUUCCAGCCUAUAUUUAUUUGUGCUUCUGUGCUAUAAAGUCGGCUGGGCUGCGAUGACGAUGGAUGCCGACCUGCUAGUUACCAAAUCGUUGGGACUAGAACCAGAGGGGCACUUAGCUAGAAGGAAAUCAGCUCAGAGCAUGGAAUAAGUUUCUCACAGAGCAGGUAAUAAACUUCAGGAAUUUGUUGCUUCAGGUUGUUGAGGCAGAUGGUGUCAGCAAAAGGGUGUUUGGGGUUGGUUUGUU